AGGCAAACAGUGAAGAUAGUUGGUUACAGCGGUAGACGGUUGGAUAUCUUCAUGUUGGCUAUAUCCUAACCUCGGAAUUGUACCUGUAACUCGUAGCAUGCUGUGAUAUUGGUCCUCGAGCGUGUGUACUGUUCCCUUGCUGAAAGUAAUUCCUAAUGUAAAGGACCUCAGAUUAUUCCAAACAGGAAAUUUCCUUCAGCUCCUAACUAGGAUUGAGUAUUGCACAUAGAACAUCCUUUGGAAAUGGAAGCUGAAGAAUUGUCAUCAUUGCUGCUACCCAAAGAAGAGAAGGAGGAUUUGGAAGAGGGUCCAACAGAAAAUGCAUGUGAUAACUCUUCAUUUGUAGACCCCUUCUUAGAAAUCAAGGCAGAACCGGAAUUUUUUGACUAUGGUGAUUUUGAUGUGAACUGUUCUUCCCAAUCUGGUAUUAAGUGUGAAAAGGACAGCUCUCCAAGUUGUGAUGAUGAGAGCAGAAAGAAAAAGAUCUGUAUUGGAGAAGAAAAUAGACAUUUGGGUAGAAGCAACACAGCAGGGAAGCGAUUAACUUGUACUGAAUGCCAAAGGACAUUUUCAAGAAUUGACGACCUGAAAUAUCACAUGAGAACUCAUACAGGAGAGAAACCAUAUACUUGCUCUGUAUGUCAAAAACGUUAUUCUGUUUUAAGUACUCUCAAAAUUCACAUGAGAACUCAUACGGGAGAGAAACCAUAUACUUGCUCUACAUGUCAAAGUAGUUUUUCUCGAUCAGGUGAUCUCUCAAACCACAUGAGAACUCAUACGGGAGAGAAACCAUAUAUUUGCUCUACAUGUCAAAGUAGUUUUUCUCAAUCAUCUAAUCUCAAAAGACACAUGAGAACUCAUACAGGAGAGAAACCAUAUUCUUGCUCUGUAUGUCAAAGAAGUUUUUCUGAUUUACGUACUCUCAAACAUCACAUGAGAACUCAUACAGGAGAGAAACCAUAUACUUGCUCUGUAUGUCAAAAACGUUUUCCUGUUUUAAGUACUCUCAAAAGUCACAUGAGAACUCAUACAGGAGAGAAACCAUAUACUUGCUCUACAUGUCAAAGUAGUUUUUCUCGAUCAUGUGAUCUCUCAACCCACAUGAGAACUCAUACGGGAGAGAAACCAUAUAUUUGCUCUACAUGUCAAAGUAGUUUUUCUCAAUCAAGUCAUCUCAAAAGUCACAUGAGAACUCAUACAGGAGAGAAACCAUUUACUUGCUCUGUAUGUCAAAGAAGUUUUUCUGAUUCAAAUACUCUCAAACAUCACAUGAGAACUCAUACGGGAGAGAAACCAUAUACUUGCUCUACAUGUCAAAGUAGUUUUUCUCAAUCAACUCAUCUCAAAAUACACAUGAGAACUCAUACAGGAGAGAAACCAUAUACUUGCUCUGUAUGUCAAAGAAGUUUUUCUAGAUCAAGUGCUCUCAAAUACCACAUGAGAACUCAUACGUGAGAGAAACCAUAUACUUGCUCUGUAUGUCAAAAAACUUUUUCUGUGUCAAGUAAUCUCACAAAACACAUGAAAACACACUGCUUGAGAGAAAGCAUUCACUUAACAAUAACAAACAAUCUCAAAAGACACGAGAAUUCACAGUAGACAGAAACUGUAUACUACUUUAUCUCUGUCCAAGUAAUUUUUAUUAGAUGCUUUUACAUAACUGCUGUAAUUUGAAUAUUGUUCAGGAGAACUUAAGUACCAUUGGCAAGCGAAAUUUUGUUUGACGUAAGUGGACAAGAAGAUGCUCUCUUUCUUUAUUGGGGAACUUUUGCUUAUGAGCUCAGAUAAGUGCAGGAAGUUAAAAAUGAUUAU